UUUUUAAUUAAAGGUAUUUGGGUAAGAAAGACUUUUCAAUGUUUAUGAUAUUAAUAACUUGGUUUUGAAUCAGAUGAAGUAUUUUGUAUAAUAUUCUAACAAGUUAUGGAUCAAUUGUUUGCAACUACACUAAACACGACAAGGAAGAUUUUUUCUUGUUUAGCAGGAAAAAACUGUUGUUUAAAUGUUCAAAUAAGACAUAUGAUGCAAGGAAGAUCUCCUGUGCGAGUUAUGGGAUUAGGAAAGGCUGUAUCAAAGAAAUCAAAAAAUACUGGUGAGACAAUAAGAUCAAAAGUCAAGACUUUGUCACGAGCUGAUAUGUUAAAUCUAGAAACCACUGAUUGGUCCAGUGUGUACUGUGCUGCUGAAUCAUACAAUCCUUCUGUUAUACCACUUCCAAUUCGUAUGGGAAGACCAUAUCACAAUCGCUUAGGAGAUGUUCCACCAAAUGCAAAAGGAAAUGUAGAACUUUUAAAGAUUCCAAACUUUUUUCAUUUGACUCCUCCAGCUAUAAAGAAACACUGUGAAGCUUUGUCUGCAUAUUGUACCCCAUGGCCAAUAGGCAUAGAAAGAACUCGACCUAUUAAAAUAACAACAAUAAAUCAUGUAUAUGCUGGUCCUUCUAUUCGUCAUCCAAACUCUAGAAUGGUCAAGCUCGAAGUUCAGCUGAAAGAUUUAGAUUUAGAUGAUCAUGCUCGUCGUAAAUUGAAACUACUAGUCGGUGACAGAUACAAUCCAAAGACAGAUAAACUUUCUUUGGUGACGGAUAAAUGUCCUACUCGGAAGCAAAACAAGGAUUACGCCUAUUACCUACUUACUGCGCUUUAUCAUGAAUCAUGGAAAACUGAAGAAUGGGAAAAUGAGUUCUUCGGAAAUUCAGAGGAAGAAGUAGUUAAAGAAAUCGAAAAGGUUAAUGCAGAGCUUUUCCCUAAAGCAUUUUCAGACAAAAAACGCUGCCUUCGCCAUUAUAAAAUUAUUAACGAUAAGCUAGUGCGAUACAAUAAUGUUGGACGCCCUUUUCUUGUUGAAUUAGGAAAGCAUGGUUUAAAAGGUUUAAUGAAACUGGAUGAAGUUAAACUUGCCAUGGAAAAAUGGAAUCAAAUUCAAGUAAACCAAAAUGACAUUGAAAGUUUUGAUCCGCUUUUUCAGAGAAGUUCAGAAUCUGAGUUUAAACAGUUGUAAAUAUAAAUUAUUUAUGUGUUUUCGCCAAAAAGAACUGCAAUAUUAAAAAAAUAA